CCAAAACUUAGGCGCAAACUGGAGUCGAUCGUCCUUCAACUUCAAGUUGGAACUUUCAAGAAAUUUCACGGCCCUCCCAAUGAAGUCACAUCAGUGUCCAAGGAACCCCGUCAUGGCGGACCAACAGGCAGGCUGAACGCCAGCUGAGCAGAGCCUGAAGGAUUUGCAAAAUCUGAUGUUGCCAAUCUUUUGUAGUCUCGACGUAGGCAAUGCAUCCUCUUGAAGCGGAGGCCAUGUGAAUAUUGUAAAAAGGAGCCGGCGCUGCAAUUGAACGAUAAAAGAUGGAAACUCACAGUGCAGAGGGGGCCUCACAGAGAACCUCUCAUGACAACGAGACCGCUUGGAGCGAAGAUGGUAACGGUUUUCCUGAAGAUGAAGCGUCCCCAGACUCCAAUGAGUUUACGAGCCUGCUCCAGAAUCUCCUUGGUACGACGGAUACGCAGCCGGCGUCCAGUGUCCGCCCUCCCAACCCUGGGGAAGUCUUUCUUCCCAUCCCCUCGGGCCCCUCCUUUGCCCAGCAGCUAUGGGAGGAAGAAGAGAGGCGACAGUCGCUGCUAGACAAGAAAACCCUGGGGUUGGAUGAUUCCAAUCCUGGCUCCCAGUCAGCCUCAACCUCCGGUUCUCCCCAAGUCAAACAUUCUCCGGGCAGCGUGCUCCCCGAUACUGACACCAAACCACAGCUCACAAGCAGGCUCAUCGGCAACGAUGCGCUCGGUGUCAAGAGCACCGUGUUCAUUCCCGUCACGCCCAUGCGGGGGGAGCGCCGCACGCGCCUCUCUGAAUCUCCUGAAGCUUCCGGCAGCUUCUCGCGACUGAUUGACACGACUUCUGGUGCGGCUGCAAAUGCUCCUGGUUCGCAGCAUGCAGUUUCAGCUCCUGCACUGGAGAGGGCCGCUAGCAACGUCAGCGCUAGUGCAAAUGCCCUGGGGAGUGCUGCACCCAAACGAGAACUGUGGGCGGACUCGGUCAGUGAUAGGGAAGACCCGACACCUCAGAUGGAGGACAGGAGCGCGAAAUGGACGCCGGAGCGGGCUAACAGCGCUCCUUCUUUUGAGAGGCUGCCAACCUGGGGUCGUGGCAGCGCGCCAGCCACUAGUAGCUUGCCACCUGGCGCUGGGCGGGGCCACGGGACCCCAGCAGCUGGUCGGCCCGCCGAGUUCCCUCCUUUGGGGGGUGUCCAGCCUGGCCGCGGGCACCCCCCUGAGAAGGACGCGGUUGUUGUGGUCGACAAAAGGGACUUUCCGGAGCUUCCGAGGGUUGCUCCAAGGGGGACGGACGGGGCGGGGAAGAAGGAAGGGGGGGUGCCGGCAGGGCCGAGGGCGGUGGUGCAGUUGAAGAAGCUGACAGAUUUGAGCACGACCCUGUCACCGCACAAGAACGCGUGGGCGUGCUGGAACCCAGUAACGGGGUCGAAGGAGAGCCAAGAGGACAUCGAGGCGGCUCAGAGGGAGAUGGCGAAGGAGCUGCAGGCAACCCACCAGAGAUUAGACGCUGAAAGUUGGGACGACGAUGAACGAGCCGGGCCAAGACCAGGGUCCCUCGAGAGUGACGCUGAGGCUCAGUUCGUUUGGGAACAGCAGCAGGGGUUUGGGCGCGGCAGGGGGGUCGCAGGAAGAGGGAACGGACCCACGUUUGGGAGGGGGGUAGGGCGGUGGCCAGGAUACGGCCGAGGGGGCGGAGAAGCGGAAGCAGGCUCCCUGGAUAAGGGGUACCCGCAGGAGGGUUUUGGGUCGCCGAGAGGGCUUGGGAGUGGAGGCGGUCAGCCGCCGCAAGGUGUGCGGCCGCCGAGGACGUUUUCUUCCCGCUCUGAUGCCGCUGACACCUGGCGGCGGAAGGACCCGCUGCCUGCUCGAGACAGCCCCCCUGCAAAUGCAACCUCACCGGACCAGGGCGACGCUUUGGCCCCUCCGGAAAGCUCUGGAAGCGCACCCCCCGAAAGCAAUUCUGAGGGACCAGCGAUCUCGGAUGAGUCGCAUCAGGGGGAAGGGACGAAGGCGUCUGUGCCGCCUGCUGAGCAACUGGAGGUCGGGGGUGUCAACGGGGGAGGCUCUGCAAACGGCCAGGGGGUGGAGUCGGUCAGCUGGCAAGCAGAGGGCGACGGUUUGGCAGCAAGAAAUAGCUCAGGGGUCGCCGUUGCUGAGGCGCUUGGAGCGGUGGCACCAAAGGAGGACGUGCAACUGGGCCAUGAAGCUGGGAACAAGGACGGUGUCGUGCGCGAAGAUUUGAAAAGUGCGGGGGUUUCGAAGGAGAGUGAAGCGGAAAUGGGCGCUUCCUCCGACCAAUCGGAAGCAGAGAGAGUGGUCAGUCACGCGGAAGGGGGGUCAAGUCCAGCCUCUGACGUCGGCCUCGCAGUCGGCCAGACGACUGGUCAUUCUGUAGUCGACACUGCGAAUCAGAGUGUGUCGCUGAAGACUCCGUCGGAGGCUCUGCCAGCUUGGAUACUUGCGAGAAUGAGUGCGGCCACAAUGUCUGGGAGCAGUAGCCACGAGGAGGGGGCCCUUUCAGACAGCGGCGACAUGCACCAGGCUGAGCCCAUGGCGCCAGCAGAAGCACAGCAAACGGAGCACGCGUGGUCAGAAACGGACCCUGUCAGGACACCGAGCUUGUCGGCGCAGUCCGCUGGACCUCUCGAACCCGGACCUCAUAAAGUUGAGCCUCUUCCGAGCAAUUCCUUCAGAACGGAAGCCUUCAAGACUUCCGCUCCUUCUUCCGAAGCUCCAGAAGCGGAAGCUCCCAGGAGUGACCCCCUCGACAUCAUUCCUCCUCCCGUGGUGAAAACACUUCCACCGCAAGUUGCGAACCCCUUCAACCAGUCAAACCAGGGGGGCUUCGGGGGUCAAACCCCUAUGCACUUCGGCGCCUUUUCGAAGCAGCCGGAGGGUGUCCAACCCCAAAACCCGAAAACCUUCGGUUCACCCCCCACAAACCCUGAGGGGUUAAGCCGAACCUCCUCCUCGUCCUCUCCCAGAGGUUUUGCAGACCUGGAUGCAGCGAUCAUGGCUGCGAAACAGAGCCGGUUCAAGAAGCCGGGGGUCUCUCCGACGGGUUUUGCACACCCCCCCGAGAAGUGGGUGAAGAAGGAGCCGGUCACAGUUUGGCUUCCGACCUCAGCGGCGGCGCCUGGGGUGCCCCUGACACCAGCGUGGGUGCCCAAAGCAGAGUCCGGUUCAGCGUCGGGGGGCGAAAGCGGAGAGAAUCUUACCCCCCAGGAGGAAGUCGAAGCCAAGCCAGAAGAAAGCACUUCCCCUGUCAAGAACCCUGCGGCUGACCCUCAGGCGUUGAGCACCUCUACACUUGAGGAGUCUGAGAAGACUGUUGAAGCAGGGCAGUAUGUCAGCAAGGCGAACGGUGAUGUCAGCGCAGAGCCGGCAGCCAGCACGGCGCCUGUUGCUGCGCCCCUCAGCAAGGCAGGCAGUGAUGUCAGCCGGACAAGUGGUGAUGUCAGCGUUGAAGGGACCUCUCGCAAACUGCCACCGGCCAGUACUGCGACGCCACUUGGCGAGCCGCCGAAGCCUUCGUCGGAGCCGUCAUUGUCGAAUCGGCGGGACUUGCUGAUGCAGCUCAUUACGCAGCGCUGGAGGGCGCCACUUGGCAAGCAGCCAUUGGUCCGGGUGGAGGCCAAGAGCGACGAGUCAGGCUCGGAGCAUGAGGGGGCGCCCAUUCACACCAGAAGGGCCGGUUCGCACAGCCCAUCGGAGGGGAGCGAGAAAGCAGUGAAGACUGCGGGAACGAAAAGGGGAACGGAGAGGGGGCCGGAGGUGCGGCCGAUCGAGGUGGUGCCAUUUCCGGGGUACACAGCCACGGAGUUGCGGGAGCGGCACAAAAGGUUGGAGCAGAAGAGGCAGGAGGAGGCCGAGCACACCAGGGGUGUGAAUGGGCACCAGCACGAGUCGACUGGAGUGCUGGAAGGUGCAAACGGAGAGCCUGAGGAAGCGAAGGGCGAGGCGCGCAGUGAGAACGGGCGCCCUCAAGAAGCGGAUGGUGUGAAUGGGGACCGGGUGGGCGCUGAGAACGAGCACCCCAGAAGUGUCGAUCUCUUCUCGGGUGUGGCCAGCGGCGCGAGUGCGAAUGGGCGCAACUGGACCGAGGAGGAUAUUCCCACCAGGGCCGCAGCUUGGGAGGCAAACCUGCAGCGGGCGGGGCUUGUUUCCGGCAGCGCUGCCCCCAGGGCAAAUAAGCAUGCUGCCCCUGGGCAGUCGUCAGCUGGCGACCUGGCGAUGUCGCAAAGGGCAGUUGAAAGUCUGGCGGCGAAAACGGGGGUGAGAUUCGCUUGGGUGCCCAAGAAGGGGGGGGGCGGGACCCCAGGAAAGCAGCCCCCGGUUGAGACGUCCAACUCUAAGGAGACCCAAAGAGGGGAGGCCGGAGAGGGGGAUACAAAGUCGGCUGUUGACUCGCUUGCAGUCGGUCACGGCGAAGGUGCUGAGGAGUUGGCGGCGCCAGCUGGCAGCCCGUCAAGAGUUGGUGUACAAGUAGCGCCUGUGAUCGACGACGCAGCUGUGACGGCUAGCGGGGCUGCAAAGGAUAGCAACGGACCUGGUGUAUCAGCGGCCUCUGCUGUGGAAGCAGAUCAACCGGCUGUUUCUGAGACCAAGGUUUCUGAGCAACCAGCAAGCACCGGACGCUCGGACGAGGAUGGGCAGCCGGAGGUUAUCAGGAAAGUGCAUUCUGACGUUGCCAGCCAGUCGGACCAGGUCGAGACGGCCGACGGGCAUCGAACACUUGCGAACGGCACCGGUGAUGUGGGGCAGAAGUCCGAUGGUUCUGGAAGGGAGCAGACGGUUUCGGACGGCCUGGAAGAAUCGGGGACGAUGUCAGACGGCGCUGGGGAUAUUCGGGCGAGAUCGGACGGUCCAGCGGCGUCGAGCGGAACUCAGCAGCCGGGAGAGGUCGGGGUUUCGGACGCCACGACGGUCCAGGCACCCAGUGCGACGGAACCGGUUGCACAAACAACCAUUCAGAUUGUGCGGCCAGAAACUGCUGUGGAGUCGGUCUUAAAGCCGGAGCUUCAGGAAGCCGCGCCGAGCGAAAAGGCUGCGCAAGGGAGACUGAGUCCGAGCACAGAGGCGACAGCGGCCGGAUCAAACGAUGUCAGCGCCGUGGAGAGCGACGUCAGCAGAGGGCAAGGGCAGGGUGAUGUCAGCGGGGGUCAAAGUGACGUCAGCUCGAGAGAGGGUGACGCAAGCGGAGGGGCGAGCACGUCGACUCCGAAGCCGAAGCCCAAGAUGCUCUGGUCUGAUGACGUAGAAGAGAGCGAAGCCGCCGAGAUGCGGAGUGCAGCAGCGGGCGAGAGGCCGACGUCCUCGGGGCAAGGAGACGUGCGAGCGAGUCCGGUUAGUGCUAACCACUCCCGGGGUAUCGGCUCUCUGGGCAACAGCCUGCCGAUCGAGACGACGGUUAUGGGCACCGGCCCUGGAACGGCGGAGGGGGAGCGGCCGGCAAAGCUGUCACAGCAGAAGAGCGGGUUUGGCACAGGAGCGUUGCAGAAGCUGGGGUCGGAAGCUGCGGCUCCUCGGGAUGCAAACCAGAACGGGUUAGCGCCUAACCCGAGCGUGAGCAAGUCCGAGGGCGACGUGUGGACGUUCCCCGAAGAGGCCUUGUUGCCGUCCGAGUCGUCCGAGACCUCUGCAAAAGUUGCGCGCAUCGGCGCGAACAAGGCCCUCAGCAGCAGAGGCCUUGUUGGAGAGAGCAGUGCUAAGAUGGAGGGGCGGGGUGCUGCGGCAAAGGCCAGGACAGGGCCUGCUGCGAAGAAAAUGGCGUUAGACCCCUCCGACGAGAACUUCGAGCGAAUCUUCCUGGAUGCGUCAGAGAAGCUGGCGUUCAAAAUGGGGCGGCCGUUCGACAUCUCCGUUCUGAACAACGAGCUGAAGAAGCGAGUACCCGGCUUCGACAUCAAGGACAGCAAGUUCACGCGGUUCUUGGACCUGUGCAAGGCGAUGGAGGACAAGGGCCACGUGCGUCUAUUCCGCGCCAGCAACAUGACGUUCGCCGCUCUCCCCGACGACCCCGCUCAGUACGGCUGGGGUCCUAACGGUCUGUACCAACUUCCCCUCGGUACUGACCGCCCGAAAACGGAGCGGACGUCCAAACCCCCUUCCCAGAACCUCCAAACUUUUCACUCAGCAGGGGGCAAACUUGCGGGCCAUUCGGAGCCCCCCAAAGCGGCGCCCACUCGCGCCACAAGCGCGAGCACCUUUAAGAAACCGGAGGGUUUGGCUCCCGUCAAGAGCGCUAACCCGGCUUAUCAGAAGGUGGAAAAGGAGCCGACGUCAGCAAGUCACACAAGGAGGGCGAGUUCGCCGGGCCCUGUUGCGAGCGGGGUGCGCUCAGAGCAGGCUGCGCUGCCUAGGUCGACGAGCAUGCAGACAGGGGCACAGGGCCCGACUGCUACGAAGCCUGCUGCAGCGGCAGCAACAAAGGCUAAACGGGACGUGCGGCGGAAAGCGGACGUCGAAGCUGAGGCCUUGGGGGCCAUCAUGCUGAUUCUCUGCGAGAACCCCUCCAUGAAAGCGUCAGGCUUAGGGGCCAAGCUCAUUGACCACGAUCGGAGUCUCAGCGAACAAGUCAAGAUCCACUUUGGCGGCGUCACGUCCUUCCUCAAGGCCCGCCCGGAGCUUUUCCACCUCUCGGACAAGACCGUCAAUCCGGGGGUGGCCCUUUUCACGGGGCAAGACUCCCCCGCACGCUCAACCCCUGCGCCCACCAAACCCGCGCCCAAAGCCCCCAGCGCAAAGGCAGCGACCUGGAUCGCUUCGAAGCAAGCCGCAGACGGGGGGGCGGCGACUGCAGUGAUACGAACUGUGAGCAGACCCCCCGUCCCGGAAGCAUCGGCAGCUGCGCACAGCCGAGCCGCGCAGUCUUCGUCAGGGGACGCCGGAAGUUACGGGGCGUCACAAAGCUAUGGGGGCUCUCGAAACGGUGCUGACGUGGCAUCACGAGGGGAGGACGUCAGCACGGGUUACGGCCGGCCGGGGGCGGGGAUCUUGUCUCCAAAGCCGGGAGGCCCUGUCAAUCCGGGAGGCAGCUUCCACAGCAGUGAGGGGCAGUCGUACGGCAGCGCAGACAGGGCCUCGACAUCCGGAAGAGGCCCCGUUCCUCAAACGGCUUACGGAAGCACGGGCAGCCAUAGGGAAGGGAACUGGAGGAGUUCCGCAAACAGGGCCCCAGGGGGCGAAUCCGCCGGUUUUAGUGCCCCCCCGGAGAGAGGUCCUUCGGGGUGGGACCAAAGUACAGAGAGCCGGGGGGUACACUCGGCUGCUUCCAGCUACCCCCCUGGGAGAGGUGCUUCGGAUUGGGGCCAAAGCGCGGACAGUAGGGGGGGCGAUUCCGGUGCUUCUAGCACCCCCCCGGGAACGGGCGGGCCGGCGAAGAAGGCGGAGUGGCACCUGUUUGUGACGCACCUGCCGCCGGACUGUCCAUAUGCGGAGCUGAAGGUGGUGCUGUCGCAGUUUGGGGAGGUACAUGGGCUGAGCCUGCCAAGAGGGAGAUUGUUUGGGUUCGUGAGGUUCACCAACCCGGAUAGCGCGCGGCAAGCACUUGCCCAAGGCUAUGCUGAGCUUGGAAGAAAGCGGAUCUUGCUGAAGAAAUACUCUUCAUAGUUGCAAGGGUGGAGAAUGGAUCCAUUUGUCACGACGUGAAGCACAAAUGUGCGGUCAGAAGCACAGCAAGCCAAUCGCAGACCGCGGUCUGACAGUCUGUUGUAUCAUUGGGCGCGUGGCAUAUUGAGCUGAACACUGGGAGCCUACAAGCCAAGUAACACCUUGAGUCGACCGUCUCAACAACUUAGCCCUGAUCAUGAACAAUUGAGCUGUGAUGCCAACAUGAGUGACUGUCA